GGAGCUGUCGAGCACGAGGUCGGCUUUCCACAGGCACAAACGGCGGGAGCAGGCCAUUGCAGGAACAUGAAACGACCCCUCUGCGGCUCGAGGAAAACAAUCGGCCUCUCGACUGGGCCUGCGGCCCGAAUUAGACGGCGGCCAAGCGGUGCAAGAGCCAUGAUUCGCAGUGACACGCCCUGAGUUUUUGCCAAGCGCCUCUGCUGGAUGUCGAAAUGCCCAUUGAAAACGCCCCUGGUUGGGACCCUGGCUGGGACCCCUGCUAUACCCUGCCGUGUCGCCGCCAAUGCUGCGACAAUCUGCCUCAUCGGAUUUGCCUUUGAUCGCGGGCUAUUCACGUCGACAACCUCUUCUUUGUUGCCUUCUCUGUCUCGUAUUCCAUCUCUUUGUCUUGUUUUUCUGGGACAGAAGUCUGUGCUUUCAAUUUUGAGCGAGACCAUGGGCGGUUGCUGAACAGAGUCCGAGACACAAACUACAGAUGCCAGCCAUCACCACAACCACCACCACCACCACCACUAGCAUUCCACCAAAGACAACGACAACCCGACCGCUACGCAUACACGAGACCGAAUAACCAACAUACCCCAUAAUCAUGAGCACCUUCCCAAUGCUUCGGACUAGCCGGAGCGAGGCCAGCCUGCGGCGCAGGCCAACAGCCCCCGCCCAAGAGCCCGCGGUGCCGAGCAUACCCAAGUUCCUCAGCUCCAAGCCGCCGACACCAUCGCCGCACCACCCCGCCUACGCCAACGCCGGCAUUGGCCUGGGCAUCCGGACCGACGACCUGCGCCCCGUCCGCGGGCCCGAGGACCUCUUCCAGGACGACUCGGCCUCGUCCAUCUACCCCGACAACGACGCCGACAGCUGGAACGACGAGUACGCAGGCCGCAUGGCCCCCAAGGCCAUCCCGCCGCUGCCCCUGCGCAUCCCCGGCAAGCACGCCGCCGGGCCCGACUCCCCUUCGCCGCCACUGCCGCCCCAAGGCACCGUCCAGCGCCACGUCGAGGUGCACACGCAGGAGCACACGCGCCACCUGCAGAUGCGCGCACGCACCUUUACUCCCGUCGAGGUCCCGGGCCUGACGCGACCGGCCACGGCCUCGGGCACGCCCGUUUCGCUCAGCCCCGCCACGCCCACCAGCACACACGACGGCGGCGCCUUCCCACCCGUCUCGACAACCGUGGACGCGGCGGCGGCGGCGGCGGCGGAGCCGGCCAAGAAGAACUUUUUCAAAAAGGCGGCGGGCGACGCGGCGCUGUUCGCGGGUGGGCUGCUGCCGCACCCGGUCGAGUCGGCGCGGCACCACAGCAUCAUGCGGCACUCGCCCGCCAUCGUCAUGUACCAGGGGCCCGAGACGUCGGUGUCGGUGUCGGUCUUUGCGGACGCGCCGCUGCCGGCCGACCGCACGCUCUGGCUGCAGCAGCGCGGCUUCACGGGCGACAAGGGCAUGCGGCUCAAGUCGCUGGUGGGCGCCACAGGGUCCUGGAUCAACGUGACGCCGGCCCAGCGCGCCGGGGUCGAGGCCGUGCCCGAGGGCGACGAGCGCGCGUUCCAGCGCGACGUGACAAAGUGGCUCAAGAAGGCGGCGAAAGCGGGCGGCAGGGUCGCCAAGCACGCCUGGCGCGAGACGCACGUCGUGCGCAUCCCCGCCGCGGCCGAGGACGGGUACUUUCGCAUCAUCCUGUGCUCCAACGCCAACUCGGAGGACGGCCAGCACCACCACCACCACAACAACGAGUACGAGGACGACGCGGCGGGCGGCGGGCAGUACUACUACAAGAAAAAGGUGCUCUGCUCCAGCCCCGUGUUCCGCGUGGCCAGCGCCAGCACCGACGUCAGCAUCCUGCGCGGGGCCAGCGUCAGCACCAUGCCGCUCGAGGUGGGCAUCAAGGUGGCCAGCACGGUCGGGGUCGUGUACGUGAGCAAGUACACCAAGCCCGUGACCAUGGCGGCGGGCGCGGCGCAGGGCACCGUCAUCAAGAAGGCCACGACGGUCGUCGAGAGCAAGGUCAAGCACUCGGCCGCCAUCGCGAGGGCCGGCAAGAUGGCCUACCAGCGCUCGGGCGUGCAGGGCGAGCUCGAGGGCGCAAACGCCCGCUACAGGGCCGACGGCCACGCCGCGGGCCGCUACGACGCGCUCGGCGCGGGGCCCGGCGCCCAGGUGUUUGGCGAGACCACCAUCGGCGCCGACGACGGGCCCGAGGCGCCGUUCCCGCUCAAGUUCGCCGGCAAGGUGGUGCGCGGGUCCGCGGCCAGCCUGACGAGCGGCGCGGGCGCGCCCACGGCCAACCUGGACGACGUGCCCGAGGAGGUGCGGCAGCGGCUGCGCGGCGUCUACUUUGGCUGGGCGUGCGUGUCCGCGUCGGGUGGGUCGCGCAAGAAGCCGCUCGACGAGCGCGUCGAUUUCGACUGGCACCCGGCCGUCAUCACGGCGGGGCCGUCGUCGGUGGCGACGAGCCGCGGCGGGCAGGCGGUGGCCGUCGUGGCGGCGCGGUCGUCGGUGGCGGUACACCUGCUGCAGGACGACCUGGCCGGGGUCGAGUUCUUCGACGUGCGGCUCAAGGUGGUGCUGAUGGGCUACCUGCGCCCUCGCCUGGCGCGCGACACCCCGCCCGCCAAGCAGCAGAGGCACCUGGCGGUCGACUCGGCCCUCACGCGGGCCAGCCUGGCGCGCGAGUGCUGGCAGCCCGACGUGGUGCGCGACUUUAUCCGCGAGCAGAAGAACGCGCGCACCAUCGGGGACCGCCUCCUGGGCGCCCGCGACAAGGCCCAGAUGCAGAUGGACCGCGUGCCGCUGCACCUGCUCGGCGUCCGGACCGAGGCGUCGGGGUUGAUGGACCGGGCGCACGGGAACGGGGGGUACUGGAUUUCGAGGGGGUGAUUUUUUUCUUCUUUACUACUUGAUCACUUUACAUCUGGAUUACGCACAGGAGACACAGGAGACAGUUGGCCUGGCUGGUCCUCGCAUCUUGUUUGACUUCAACGCAGGAGCGGCAUCUUUGGGUUACGGAUUUAAUGGGGCAUUUUAAUGGGGCAUUGUAAUGACGAGCGAGGGAGUUUUGCUGUGUUUUAUAGGUACGCAUGUACCCAUGGGUUUCGGAGUUUAGCAUUCACGGCAGCCAUCUUGCUCGGGGAGUAAAGUACAUGUAAUAUUUGAUAUCCAAUGGUUUCGAUCAAUGAUGCUAAGUUCGGAUGCCUCUCAACUGUUUCCACCACAGGCGGAGCUCCG